UCUAUAUUAUAUUCGUAGAAACAAAUUAAAUAUUUCUUUAUUAAUAUUAUAUUGCAAUAUUUAUGUCUGGACAGCUUUGGUCAUAGUCAGUUUAUUUUUGAAAACUGAAGAACAUUGCGAGCAGUCCUUAAAGGCAGCAGCAUUCCGUAGCAACCGUUUCUCUUCUUAGGAAACUUUCUUUGAAAAGUAGCAAGAAGAUUAGCUUUAAGCGGAGAUAAACAACCCGUAGCCAGAAAGAUAUACAGGAAAAUACAAAAACAUAAGUAUGGCGGAUAUAAUCGGUUCUGUGGAGGAGACUUCGUUAUAUUUGAUACAAAUUCAAUAUCUGGAAGAGCAGUUGGAGAGAUGUCAUCUUAAAUAUGACAAGCUGGAGAAGCAGAAUAAGGACCUGGCCUCCCAGUACAGCACGCUGGUGAAGGACAAGAAAGACGCCACUGAGUCCCUGAAAGGCUUCGUGCUUGUAAAACAGAAGAGGGUUGAAGAGCUGGCUGAGCAGCUGAGCAGUCAGCAGCAGGCGGUCCAACAGGACAGAGAGGAACUGCAGCUGCAGCACAGCCAGAAGAUGAAGGAGCUGCAGGACCAGAUCAACGGACUUAAAUCAGUAAGCAGGACGAUGGUGAAAAAGUUUGAGGAACAGCAAGAGCUGGAGGAGCGGCUGAAGCAGCUGAUGCAGGAGCAGUCCAACAUAGAGUCUAUGGAGAAGCAGCUGUCUGGUCAGAAAGAAGAGCACACAGCUGCCAUCGACAGCCUGAUGAAUGAACUAGAGUUGGAGAGGGAAAAGGAGAUUGUGGAGGCGCAGCAUGCUGUGGACCUAUGCGUUGAGAAGAAAACCUCAAAGAUUCUCCGGAAGGAGAGAGCUCUUCACAGUAAGCGGCUGCAGCAGCUACAGUUCCUGCUAAAUGAAAACUUGGUCCUGGCAAAGGAGAAAGAUGUCUUGCAAGACAAAGAGAGGGACGUUUGCUUUGAGAGAGAGCAAAUGAAGAAAGAGCUCAUAAAGAUUACCCAGGAGAGAGUCACCAUCAAAGAUGAGCUGAAGCAGCUAAAGGAGAAGUGCCAGAAGUUGAGCGUGGACUUAAAAACCCAUCAAGUCGCCUACAAGAGCAUGCUGGCCAAGAAAGAGGAUCUUUGUAAACGCCUGGACUCAGUGGACAAGGACAGACAACAAAAAACAGCCAAGGCAGAUCAGCUGAAGGCGGAGCUACAGCUGGAGAACAGCAGGAGGAAGCAGAUAAAGAACGUCAUUCAAGAAGCAGGCAUCACUCUCAGCCACAUCCUAACGGAGUUAGAGAAGCCGUCCGAGACUGAGUGGAAGAUCAUAAGGCUGCUGGAGAUCCUGGAGAGCACGGCUCCCCCCAGCGAACAGGCUCCGCUUUUGACAACUCCCCUGAGACAAGCUGAGGACCAAAACUGCAGGAAACGCUGCAGUCAGUAGACACCCAGCUCUGUCGAACCAUGUGCUCCCUAGCUGUCUGAUCCAGAAGUCGGAGCCUCUGCAGAUUGCUGAACCGAAUCCAGUCCACAGUAGGGAAGAUCAGUGUUGUUUAUCCCACCUCCUCAUCUCUGAAUAAUAAAGGUUUUAGUCACUUUAGUCCUGCUUCCGUUCUGACUACUGAUCUGUUUGUUUAGACUUGUAGAUUAUUACUGUUUUGAGUAUUGUGAUUGGUUGAUUGAUUGAUUGAUUGAAAACUUUAUUGAACAACAAUCAAGAGGUGUUCAAAAGGAUAAAACGAAUAAAGCCCAAAGGCUUGUUUCCAUUGUGGUCCUUAAGAUGGAAAGGGAAUUACACCACAUGGACAAAAACAUUGAGGACAAAGGGGAAAGGGGUCAACUGAUAAU